UAAAGUUGGCAGAUGCCUGGUUUCACUUCGGUGGUGUUUCACGUGCAUUUAGCAUUAAGUGAAUCGGUAAAAGUGGACAAAUUCCUUAGAUCCUUUGCACUUUUUUUUUCGUCGUGUAUGAUUCCGAUACGAUUGACUUACAUUGUGCAUUCUUUUAAUGUGUCCCUCGGUAAAAGUUUUUAGGUAUCUUUGAUGUUUCACUCCAUUGUGUUUUUUUUUCUUUUAAGCACUAUUAUCCGCAGCACACAUGCAUGCUUUCUCUCAAUCAAACCAUAAAAAUACACUGAAAGUUAGUUGCUGACAUGUGAACCAGAAGCUUGGAUAAGCACUUUCCCACUAGUGACACUCAGUGGUUUAAACAGGAAAAGUCAGUUUGGUGACUCUCGUAUAUUUGUGCUCUCAAAAUAUGAUGUCACAGAUGAAUUUCUGGAUAUGAGCAACAGGAUCUUAGGUAUUUAUUAGAUUUUUUAAAAGCAUUCACCAAAAAGUUAAGCGUAAAAAGAAAAGGUGCAUUCAUGACCUUAGUGAUGGUUGUGAUUUAAAGUCACAGUGCCCUCCUGCAAAUAACUGAUUCCAUUUUUCAAUAUAACAAAGCACCAAAUUAGUUAACCUCAAUAAGUCUUCUUUACAGCAGACAUUUUGUUUUAGUGGGGAAAUGUCUUAGGAAUAUGACAGUGAUCCAGCAUGUGCAAUGCUAAGACCUUGAAAAUGAAGCAACUAAAUGGAACGCAGCCAUCGUGAAUGUCAUUAAUCACACCUGUGCUUUUCCUUCUGUGACAUGUCAACAUGACUGCUAGGAAAAUGCAUAUACUCAACGACAGUAAAUACACUUGCAUCACACUGUGAGUGCACACACGAUGAAAGUAAGUACGAUUUUAUGUUUUGCUGCAUUUUGACAUUUCAGAUUAACUUAAAAUCUUCAACAACUGAAUAAUAAUAGUCUUUUUGUGUCACACUUUUCCCCAGUAUUUCACAGUUAUCACAACCUCCUUGGAGGGAGGCUCACAGGAAUGCAGCCGGCAGAAGAGAAAAAAAGGAGUUUUGUUACUUGCACCAUAGUUGCCUUCUCAUCUCUCUCCCUUUCACUCUAUUCUUAACACACAAACGCACACUGAGUCAUGGCCAGCAGUGGUGAAUCAAGGUUUCUGUGUAAUGGGUAAACACGCAUCAGUGGUCUGGCUAAGGUCACUCACCCAGCUUGCAGUUGUGUCCACGCUACAUGAAUCACCCCAAUUGCAGGAGAUCGACGAACUGUAAAUGGACACACACACUUUUUUAAAAAAUUUUGUGUGCUGAAAUCAAAAUUAUUAUCACUGUUAUGACAGCCCUUCUAUGACAUCCCAUCUUUUUUCUGCCUUUUACUCUUCCCCAUGCUGUUUACCUGUUGUCCACUCUUGUUUCUUUUGCCUUACUUUUUCGCAAACACACAGCCAUCAAGCACCCACUCUUGGGGAUCGAUAACCGGCGCUGACCAGGGCAUAUUUGCCCUUUCGGACACCAGGACAGUGUGCCAGCACACAUCGCCUUUUCACAUACUGAAACCGCCUCUCCACUCCUUUGUCCCAACACCUUGGGGUAGCUUGGACUCCACAGACCACCCAAGGGCUCAAGAGGUUACACACUGGAAGGCCUUGCUGGGUGAAUACAUUGAAGGAUGGUGAUGUUUUGGAAAGCAACGGCAGGUGGACUGCUGCUCACUUUGAGCCUCACUCUGCUUGGUUGGGGAGCCGAGGGGCAGGGGAACGGACGGGGUAAGAAAGAAGUAUCAGGCGGGGCCACCUUCUACCUCGGCCAGGACAGAGACAUCUGGAGGCCGCUGAGCCACGUGACAGUCAACCUCGCUCAGAUCAGCAGUUUGAAGUCAACAUUUCAGCUACGGACGUACGACCCAGAAGGUGUAAUCCUCUAUGGAGACACCAAAAAUGGGAAGGACUGGUAUAUUUUGUCCCUAAAAGACGGCACCCCUCUGAUGCAGAUCAGCAGAGAAGACGCGCUUGUCAGCGUGACAGGCGGCCCCAAGCUCAACGACGGAAAAUGGCACAUACUGAAGGUGAGGAGCGAUGGGCAUUUUGUGAUUUUAGAGGUGGAUGGCUCCAUGGGGCUAAUGGUGAGCGUGGAGACCAAACAUAUGGAGGAGGUCAUUUCAGACAAACUCCGACUGGCCCUCGGUGGGAUCCUGAUCGACAAGGAGAAGAUGGCUGUUCAGUUUGAACCACAGAUGGAUGGCUGUGUGCGGGAAGGCAGCUGGCUAAACGUCAGCAUCCCCUGGGAGGCAGAGGCGGAUGAGUUUUGGCCGUGCUAUCAAAACAUCCAACCCGGCAGCUUCUUCCCUGGCACUGGGUUUGCCAUUUUCAACACCUCAGUUUUCCCCAUUGAGGAAGAGCAUGGGGUGAAGAUUGAAUUGUGGGGAGAUUUCAGGCAGAUGGAUGGGACCAUUUUGAGCAUCAGGGCUCCUGGGCAAGAGCUGCUGUUCACUUUAUUGGCCAGUAAUAACACAAAGGAGGUUACACUUACCUUCAGCGGUGAUAAAAUCAGCAUGAAAGAAACUUUCAAGAGACUGGUGAUAACCUUUCAGACAGAUUUACUGCAAGUGCUUCAAGAUGAAGAUGAAUCAAAGACCACCCAGAUACCUGUCAGUCCAGUGAGCCACCCUGGUUAUUUGACCACAUGGAGAGAAGGCCGUAUCGCCAUUGGUGGUCUCCUAGGUGAAGGUGAGGACAGAGUUGGCUCCCAGUUCUUGACAGGCUGUCUGGAGAAGAUCCAGGUCCAAGGGAAGGAUUUGGAUCUGGAUUUAGCUCUCAGACACAUGUCAAUAUCCUCUCACAGCUGCCCUGCAUAAACCACCAAAGUAUGCAUAUACUGUAUGUGAAGUAUUUGGCAGUCAGUGCAUUUAUUCCUUUGGCUUUGGGUCAAAAUGAAAAAAAAUUCAAAGUAUGUAAAGUGCAAAAAUUGUUUUUGAAAUGAUAGAGACACAGUACUCUGUAUUGAAUUAUGCAGGCUUCUAAUACACAUUCUGUUGUCAAAUGGGGUAUUUGUACCAGUUAACCUCUAAAAUGUGGAGAAUUUACAAUAAAAUAUUAAUAUGUUGUUUAAUAAACGUCUCUCCCGCUAACCAGCGGAAUACACAGAUUAAUGUGAGGAAUGUGAGUGAUUUUCUGACUUUAUUACGUGCAACAAUAUGUUUUCUAAAUAAAACAGGAUUCUCUUUAAUAUGUCUUUCCAUAAUUAUGAAGUUUAUUGCUGUGUUUAAUGCAAUAUAAAGGCUAAUAGCGCUUUGACUGAACACUAAUGAUAAACACCAGACUGGGUAUAUGCUGAAAGAGAGAUUUAAG